AUGUUAUUGAAGGCUAGUUUUGGAGUGAAGGAUGCUUACUACUUCAUUGUUGAAUGGUAUGCCUCUGAUCUUGAUUUAUUGUGGUUAAUGAUGAAGAUGAGGAGGAGGAGGAGGAGGAACAAUAAUAAUAGUAAUAAUAGCAACAAAAUAGCCAUAAUUAAGCCUUCUAAUGAUGAUGUAUCCAUGUUUAAAAAGGCUAAGGAACUAUGCAAAAAAAAACAGUUGAGCAUCUUAGAGCAGGACAACAGAUUAUCUUCCAUUGUGUUUGGGGAUUUCCAUCUGGAUGUCACCUACUUAUCCAAUUAUCCUGUCGAAUAUUCAAGCCUUCCUGUACUAUUUGUGUGUGAGUUCUGUCUAAAGUAUUUCAAGAGUGAAGAUUUAUUAGAAGCACAUAAGACAUCAAACGCCGUUAGCCCGGAGAUGAUUUCCUGUCAUCACCAGCAGCCAGAGCAGCCCAGCAAUCCACACCAUCCUCAAUGUCCACCUGGAAAUGAAAUCUACAGAACUACCAAUAACAGAUACUCCGUCUACGAGGUCGAUCCGUGCGUCACUGCAUUGUAUACUGAGAAUUUACUCUCAUUUUCUAGGUGCUUUGUUGAGCCAGAGUUACAAAUGCUUUUUACAUCUUCAUCUUACCUCUAUUACAUUCUCACCGUCAAUGAGUACGUUCGCUGCGGUACUACUACUAAUUCUACUGCUAAUGGUGGUUGUAGUGGCUGUAGUAACGUUGUUGUUGUUGAAGAUCCUUGUAAAUGUUGUUGUGGUUCCUCUUUCUCUUCCUCUCCUUCGAAACUGGGUUGUAGGAAGAUAUCGAGAUUUGUCGGAUAUUUUGUCAGGGACAAGAGACAGGUAAAAGGCCCAAGUCUCAUAUUCAUAUUCAUCAGUCCUCCAUACAGAAGGAAAGGAUAUGCUACCAUGCUUAUCAAUCUCAGCUACAAGUUAUGCAAACUGUUAGGCACACCUGGAACUCUUAAAAGGACCUUUUCAGCACCCGUCCUCUCGGCAUUUCAGAGGUACUGGUCUUGGGCUGUACUCAACUAUUUUCAAAUGCACUCAUACGACAGCAAAAAACCCGUUGCUGUUAAAGAGAUAAGUUCAUCCCUCGGCAUUGCAUGUACAAAUGUGGUCUCCACCCUGCUAAAGCUUGGUAUUAUACCCACUAAAAUAAAGAGCAGGAGUACGUUCAUACCCAACGUCAAAUCCAUAGAUAUAAAUAGAAGAGAGAUGAUGAGGAGUGGGAAGAAGAUGAGAGGCAUUGUGUUGAGGAAUAUUGACGUCAAACAGUCCUUACUCAUGAGAGAUAAAGUGACUCCAGAGGCUAUUGAGACAUGUUGCACGCUCGGCGGCCUAGCUGAUGAAGAUGAUGGUGACGAUGGCCAUGAUGAUAUAGUGAAUCACGAUGAUGUCGUUAACAGUGCUUGCCAUCAUAAAAGUAUUGCAUCUGACUUUAAAACCGCUACAACUGUCGCAGCAGCAACAAGUUGUACAUUAGCCAAAAAUACAACUACGGCAACAAAUGUUACAAUAACAACACGAUCAACAACACAUUCAACAACAACGCAUUCAACUACAAUGCUUCAUGCAUCUGAAAAUAAGGCUGUCUCUCAUCAUAAGAUGGAGUGCAGUGACGUUAAUGAUAGCAAGAACGCUGGUUUCCAUGAUAACAACAACACGCCCCACCAUCACGUAGCAGCUCUUAAUUCAAACAACAACAACAUCAUCAACAACAACAAUAAUGAUAAUUGUACUAUAAGUGAUAGUUCUGCAAACAACAUUCAGAGUAAAAUAAAUAAUAGCAACAAUGACCCUGGUAACGACGACGACGAUGUGAAUGGUAAAUGGGACGUGAAAAAUAUUAAAGUUGAUUUCACGAGCCAACAACAUAACGUUAACUUUACCGACAGUGGACAUCAAAUAGUCUGUAGUAGUGACGAGCGUAUCAAUAAUAAUAAUAAUAAUAAUAAUAAUAAUAAUAAUCUGAAAGUAGAAAAGCAGGACGUCAAACAAUGUAUCGUCGUCACUACCAACCCUUCGUCGUCGUCGUCGUUGUUAUCACCACCAUUACCUACUGCUGCUACCACAGCUACUGCUUCUACUUCCACAUCCCCCAGCGUCAUUUCGUCAUCGUCAACUGCCUCGGUCACGUACAACAAUAAUACGGCGGUCAUACCGACUGUACCGACGAUUAAAAAAGAGUGUCGGUCGGUCGAGGUACAGACCGACGCCUACGACAGCGAAUACAGUUCGGACGAAUCCGAGGACGACGACGAUUCCGAUGACGACGAUCUCAGCGAUAGUUCGACCCGACAGAAAUUAGAAGAAACUGCUGACAAAUUAAUUCCGCCACCGACGACAAAUAUCGAAAAGCCAGUAACUGCCAAUGCUGGAGUUAAAGAAAAGGCUUAUUUUGACAGUGUCACUACUGAAAAACCUCAUUACUUUGUUGCCAGUGUCGUCAGUGCAGAUUGCAGUAACAACAGCAAUAACAACAACAAUAUCAGCAACAACAAUAAUAAUAACACCAACAACAAUAUUAAUAAUAAUAACAGCAAGAGUAAUAGUAAUAACAAUAACCAUAAUAAUAUUGAUAACGAGAAUAAUAUUAACAACAACAACGAUAGUAGCAACAACAACAAUGCUGCCGAUGAUGACGAAGACAACGAAAUGACAGAUUUCUGCGAGCAGUUGGAGGGGUUGAAUGAGAGUAAUGUGCUGGCCUACGAUGACAUGCCAAUAAUCAUGGACUACGACAUGAACAGCAACUGCAAGGAUGCUACGGAAGCUGAUAAUCAAGAGGAUGAUGAUGAUGACGACGACGAGGAGGAAGAUGACAACGAUGAUGACGUCAUCGCAGGCGGUGGUCGUUAUGAUAACAAUGUCAAUCUUAUUGGAGGUAAUGAUAGUAGUGUUAAUAGGGUUGUAAAUAGAGAUAAUAAGAUAACAGUUGAAAAUGAGAUGUCCAGGGAACAAGAGACUUAUCUUCAUCAUCAACAUCAGCAGCAGCAACAGUAUAUGAAUCAACAAUAUCAAUCAUACAACAACAACAAUCAUCCUCAACAUCAUCAUCAACAACAGCAACAACAUCUUAACAACACGCAAUCUCCGUUAGUGCCAGACUUGAACAACUACAGCAACCAACUGCCAUCUCCGGCCAAUUCCAAUGGCAUGCAAUCACCUGUUAACCAACCUCUCUCAAAUAAUCCAUCUAUCGCUAAUCCAAAAACACCUUGUGAACAACAGCAGCAACACAGACACCACCAACAACAACAACAUCAACAGCAGCAAAUAGACUACCAACUCCAACAACAACAAAUGCUGAAUAAAGUAUCAAAUGUCAAUUCGUAUCUCUCAUCCAACGAUCACAACAACAACAUGUCAUCGUCAUCAAGUCCGAACACGCAGUCUGCCAAUGCAUACUACCUCCAUAAUAAUAACAACAACAGCAACAAUAACAACAGUCAGUUGUUACUCAAUCAAAGCAGUCCAGUUGGUUUGAAUUGCAACCACUACAACAUGCCUACACCAUCUCCAACAAAUAGCAGCUCGAGAAGCUUCGGCAUGGCUUCACCAAACACAUCCAACUUUCCGACACCUCAACAACAACAACAGCCUCAACAGCAGCAACAAUUGUUCGAUCGUGGUUGUCCCAGUGCUCCAGUUUUAACGUAUAGUCGUUUGGCGUGUCCUCACUCUAGCUCAGACGGUCAGUUUCCUUGGGCGUCCAUAUACCAGCAACAUUCUACUCCAACCGAGUACUCAUUCAUUCGCAUACCUGAGCAAGAUUUUAUGCAGUGCAACCUCACUCCAAUGAUGAAUCAACAGCCAUCUUCUCUUGAUUCAAUGCCACAAUCCAGCCUCGUUGCUUUCAACCAACAAUCUACCGUCAUGACUAAUGGCGGUAGUAAUAAUAAUAAUAAUAACAAUAAUAAUAAUAAUAAUAAUAACACAAAUAAUAACAGUAAUAAUAAUAAUAAGAUGCAGUCUCCAUCUGGAACAGCUGUAGCCAAUGUUUCAACCCCUAUGCAUAAUGCUGUAACGAAUGCACUGCAGCAGCAACAACAUCAGCAACAACAGUCGAGUCAACAACAGCACUCGAAUCAACAACAUCAACAGCAGCAGCAACAACAACAACACACAACAACAAAACAAACAAGACGAUGCAACAGCAAAAACGUCAAAAAUCAAUCAAACACAACAAACAACAACAGCAGCAACAAUCACCAAAACAGCAACUCAUCAUCUUCAUCGUCAUCAGCCCGCAGCCAGUCAGUAGCACCAAACGUCAUGAUCCAACCGCGGACAAACCUCAUCACUAACUACAACGUCCUCAACAUGAACGUGCCUCCAGAUUAUCGAAACCAUCCUCAUCAUCAUCAUCCUCAUCAUCAUUCUCAGCAUUCUCAUCAUCACCCACAACCCAUCACGGCCUACCCUAGCUCACCUUACAUAACGGCCUCCAAUGCAUUCAUCAACCAGCAGAACAAGACACCCCACCUGAACAUCUACCCACAUCAAACGGCCCUCGGUUUCGCCACCCAUCAACAACCUCAAUAUCAAAAUGGGGUCUACACGGCCUACAAUUAUAUCAGCGGUGCACUCACGCAGCAGUCAUUCAGUAUCAACGUUAAUAAUAUCAUGAAACAGUGA